UCUCAUUCCAUUUUAAUAAGUUCGCAGGUGUUGUUCGGAACGCGCAACAUUUAAAAUGGCAAUCAAAAGCCGUUGCGUUUUAGUGUUUCAACUUUUGAUUAUAACUUGUCAUGGACAAACAUUUGAGGAAAAACUUUAUUUGCAUUACCACCGACUGCAGCCAGCCUUGUUCACGCUUCUACGAAAGUAUUCACUGUGGCCGCCAUAUCCGGUCUUGGAAGAACCGAUACAUUAUGAUCCUGCGAAUGACGCGAAUCCAUUAAUAGUGGGAGGUGACACAACUACUAUUUACGACUAUCCCUAUCAACUGUCGCUGAGAAAUGGUGGUGUACACAUUUGCGGUGCAACAAUCCUUUCGGAUAAGUGGGCGUUAUCGGCCGCACAUUGUUUAGAUGACGGAAGUUCCCCGUCCUGGAUAUCAUUUCGCGGAGGAAGUCCACAUCGACUAGCAGGAGGAUACAUUUUUCAUGCUGUUGAAUAUAUUCUUCAUGACAGUUACAACCCGAAGACAUUUCAUUGUGAUGUUGCUGUCAUCAAGAUUGCGGAAAAUUUUCUGGUGGAUUUCCUACAGCCAGUCCAGCUAGCGGAUAGCAGCAUAAAAACUGGUUGUCCAAGUGUACUGUCAACCGUGAUUGGAUGGGGAACUGCAGCGAAUGACUACGUCCCGGUGAUUCUUCAGGAGUUGCGCGUUCUGAUACAGCCUCUAAACAUUUGCGGAAAAAUAUGGAUCGAGCAGCUAACGGACACUAUGCUUUGUGCUGGUGGUGUCAUCGGAGAGGACACGUGCAACGGAGACAGUGGGGGACCGUUAAUGUGUGAAAACUAUCAGGUGGGUAUAGUUUCGUGGGGCUCGAAACAAUGUGCCAUUGCGAUGCCUGCAGUGUUUACCAACGUUUCCAGUGCAGAAAUUCGCGAUUUCAUACGUAGUCAAACGGGUGUUUAAUGUAUUUACGGCAUUAUGAGAAUUGUAUGUAACGAAAUAAAGAUUAUCAUUUGCAUCGGA